AUAAAGGAAAAGAAUUUGAAAGACGAAUGGAAGCUGUUCUGAAAAGCAUCAAUUGUUUCAAGAUUGGAAUUUUGGAUCUCCCUGCAGUAACCGCUCUGCGCUUUGAAGUUUUAGCUGCCCAGAAUUGUAGGGUGCGCUACUUUAAUAGCUUCCUGCAGCAAAGAGCUUUGGCGUACAGUUUUGCAACAGCUUAGUGGAUUGAGCUCUGCAACAAUAGCUUUGCGUUUGCUGCCAGGACAAAGCCAGGAGAAUUUGAAAGCACCAUGGCGGGCAUGAGUGAAGCGGACAUCUUUGAUGAUGAUGUGGUGGACGAAAGUGCUCAGAUGUCAACAGAAGACCUGCUCGUGAGGUCCAGGUUGCUUGACAACGAGAUUCGUGUCCUCAAGGAUGAUGCGCAGCGGCUGAAGCUGGAAGAAGACGCAACCAAGGAGAAAAUUAAGGAGAAUCAAGAGAAGAUCAAGCUCAACAAGCAGCUACCGUACCUUGUUGGGAACGUCGUCGAGAUCCUUGAUGUUAAUCCUGAAGACGAGGCUGAAGAGGAUGGCGCCAACGUCGACCUUGAUUCCCAAAGGAAAGGAAAGUGCGUGGUACUUAAGACAUCCACCAGACAGACCAUCUUCCUGCCGGUGGUCGGACUGGUCGACGCGGAGCAGCUGAAACCUGCGGACUUGGUUGGUGUGAAUAAGGACAGCUACCUCAUCUUAGACACGCUACCGGCAGAGUAUGACUCGCGGGUCAAAGCAAUGGAGGUGGACGAGAAGCCGACUGAGGAUUACAGCGACAUCGGAGGCCUUGACAAACAGAUCCAAGAGCUAGUAGAGGCGAUAGUGCUGCCCAUGACUCACAAGGAGCGCUUCGACAACCUUGGCAUCAAACCCCCCAAGGGCAUCCUUCUGUAUGGCCCCCCCGGCACGGGGAAGACCUUGAUUGCAAGGGCGUGCGCUGCCCAGACGAACGCCACCUUUUUGAAACUGGCCGGGCCGCAACUUGUACAAAUGUUCAUAGGGGAUGGUGCAAAGCUGGUGCGGGAUGCGUUCACGCUGGCGAAGGAAAAGGCACCGACAAUCAUCUUCAUUGACGAGGUCGAUGCCAUUGGUACAAAAAGGUUUGACAGCGAGCUGAGCGGCGAUCGGGAGGUGCAGCGGACGAUGCUCGAGCUCCUGAACCAGCUGGACGGGUUCAGCAGCGACUCCCGGAUAAAGGUGAUUGCUGCGACCAACAGAGCGGACAUCCUCGAUCCGGCCCUCAUGCGCUCCGGACGGCUGGAUCGCAAGAUCGAGUUCCCGCACCCUACGGAAGAGGCCCGCGCCCGCAUCCUUCAGAUUCACUCGCGGAAAAUGAACGUCAGCCCGGACGUCAACUUCGAGGAGCUGGCUCGCUCGACUGACGACUUCAACGGCGCCCAGCUCAAGGCCGUGUGUGUAGAGGCCGGCAUGCUGGCCCUGCGACGGGAUGCAACGGAAGUCAAUCACGAAGAUUUUAACGAAGGUAUCAUCCAAGUGCAAGCAAAGAAAAAGGCCAGCUUGAACUACUACGCUUAAGUAGAGCUGAUGGAUUCGUAUCUGGCGUUUCCUUCGAUUGGAUCGAAGUGCAACCACUGGAUAGUCUCCGAGUAUGAGUCCCACUGCAACUUUGUUGCAUUCGCCUGUCACUUGAGUUUGGCGUCUCAGUCUCCAAGCGUGUUCUCACUCGUUUCUACACGCAGUACUGAAGCCUGUUCAUGUUGAGUGGAGGGUCAGGAGUU